AUGUUACCUUCUCUGAUUGAUCUGAGUUUUUUCUUUUGUCAACUUAAAAUCCUUCAACAAUCUUUAUCGUUUGUGAAUUUUACUUCUUUGAAAGUUCUCUGCCUCUCUUAUAAUAGCUUUAAUUCUCCCAUAUCCAAUUGGUUGGUUGAAAGUAGUCAUACUCUUCACUAUCUGAGUCUCACAAGAUGCCAAUUGCACGGUUCCAUUCCUGAUGCUUUUGUCAACUUUACAUCACUUGCUGUGCUUGAUUUCUCCUACAACAAUCUCCAUGGUUCAAUUCCACAUAAUUUUGGGAACAUGACAUCUCUUGUUGUUCUUGAUCUCGCAUUCAAUAGUCUUGAAGGUUCAGUACCAGCAAUUCUUGGUCUGAUUCAGGAACUGCAAAACAUUAAACAUUCACCAUUGAGAGAACUCCAUCUGUCCUCCAAUAAGUUGAAUGGUUCUUUAGAAAGAAUCCUUCCACAACUUUCAGAACUAGUUGUCUUGGAAGUGGCUUCAAAUUCCUUGCAAGGUUUGAUCACAGAGGUUCAUUUACGGAAAUUUAGUGGCUUGCGAGUACUUGACUUGUCUAAAACUGAGUUAAUUCUAAAUGCGGGUUCAAAUUGGAUUCCUUCUUUUCAACUUGAGACUCUAGGUUUGCAGUCGUGCCAUAUGGGUCCAAAAUUUCCCCAGUGGCUCCAAAACCAAAAGAAAGUUUUGAAAAUGGAUAUUUCUUGUGCAAGCAUUUCAGACACUACACCCAAUUGGUUUUGGGAUGUUUCUCUGUCGAUGAAGCACUUGAAUCUUGCUCACAAUAAACUCAGAGGGAGACUACCAGAUUUAUCACCAACAGCAUCUCUGUUGACUCUGGAUUUGAGUUACAACCUGUUUAGUGGUACCUUGCCUCAUUUCCCCCUCAAAAUGGAGUCACCAGUGCUAGCUGGGAAUGCAUUUUCCGGACCAAUUUCUCCCAUAUGUGAUCUGCUGAAUGUAAAUAAUGCCCUACGUCGUCUUGACUUGUCUGAAAAUGCUCUAUCAGGAUCGCUUCCAAAUUGCUGGACAUAUGGGCAAAAUAUGGUUUUUCUGGAUUUGGGAUAUAACAUGUUGUCUGGCCAAAAUCCCUGA